AUGGAGAGUUUGGGAUUGCAGACUGUUGCCCUCAGUGACGGCUCCACUGCCUACAUUGAACAAGCCAUCAAAGGUGAGAAACCCACACAUUCACGCACACUACUGAAAAAUAAUGAAACGCACAACUCAAAGCUAACAUUCACAUGUCCACCAGAGUAUGUAUGGCUGCCACUGAUAUCAACAAUAUACUGAUUUAUUCAGAUGGCAACCUAGUGGAAGGCGAUACAAUUCAGUUGGAGGAUGGUACUACAGCCUACAUCCACCAGGUCACCGUACAGCAGAAAGGUCAGUCUACACCCUCAGAACAACAUGUCUGCCGGAGGGUUUGUGAAUAACCAUUUGUGUCUUCUGUGAGCUCAUGUCUCGCUCCUGAUGCUGGCUGUUUUCCUGUCCUCUCCCAAGAGCCCCUGCCCUUUGAGGACGGACAGGCAGUGCAGCUCGAGGACGGGACCACCGCAUACAUCCACCACACACCCAAAGGUAUAUUAACAUCUAACUAGAUGCUGUAUUCACCACUCUAGUAAAGGUUGGCUUAUUGAAGCAAUAAGGCGGUCGUCAUCUUGUUUUCUAAUUGUCCAAUCACACAUCAAUUAUUAUUACUUCUACAAAGGAUGGAAGGAAAGUGAUUUCAAACAUUUUCAAACAGGACCAUCUAACCUCUGACUUCUAACCCCUGCAGACGGGUAUGAUCCCAGUGCGGUGGAGGCGGUGCAGCUGGAGGAUGGCAGCACAGCAUACAUCCACCACCCCUCGGGCCUGCAGGCUGGCAGCACCAUCCUGACUUUGCAGCCAGGGGGUGCCCUGGAGGAGCUGGCUGCAGACGACACUGUGGACGCAGACACCAUCACCACCCUGGAGAACUAUGCCAAGGUCUCUCUCUCUCUUUUUCUGCUGUUGUAUCACUCAUGUGUUCUAUCACUCACUGUUUCGUGUGAAUUCUUUCUCAGUUAAUUUUCUUGCAAGCUCUGUUUUUCCCCCCACGUCUCGUUCUCUCUCUCACAGAUACUAUGCAGUUGUACUUGUUGUGGUGGAAUAAGCAAUGUAGGACUUUUAAUCAUUAUAAUGCUCUCAAACUCUGUUCUCCCCUGUUUUCUCCCUAGAUGACGGGGUCUGAGGUGGAGGUGGAUGAGACCAUGAGCAGUACCAAUGGACUCCAGGACAUAGAGCCUAUUGUACAGGUGAUGGGGUCAUGGGGUUCCCCUAAGGGUCAGCAGACGGCUGAGAAGACAUUCCGCUGUGACUACGAGGGCUGUGGACGUCUCUACACCACAGCACACCACCUCAAGGUACCACACACACACCCUCUACAUCACAACACACACACACCCAAUACAUCACAACACAACACACACCCUCUACAUCACAACACACACACCCUCUACAUCACAACACACACAACCUCUACAUCACAACACACACACACCCUCUACAUCACAACACACACACACCCUCUACAUCACAACACACACACACCCUUUACAUCACAACACACACACCCUCUACAUCACAACACACACUGACCUUCCACAACAGUACACCACCUUAAGAUACCAGACGCAUACACACAUUUGUUACCACUUGAUAAGAUAUUCAUGUUAUAUUAACGUUGCCCCUGUCUUGUCAGGUGCAUGAGAGGGCUCACACGGGUGUCCGGCCAUACAGGUGUGAUGUGCUGACGUGUGGAAAGGCAUUCGCUACGGGUUACGGGCUGAAGAGUCACCUGCGGACACACACUGGAGAGAAACCAUACAAGUGUCCUGAAGACAUGUGCUUCAAGGCCUUCAAAACAUCCGGAGACCUCCAGAAACACGUCCGCACACACACAGGUAGUAGGACACACAGGUAGUAGGACACACAGGUAGUAGGACACACACAGGUAGUAAGACACACACAGGUAGUAGGACACAGGUAGUAGGACACACACAGGUAGUAGGACACACACAGGUAGUAAGACACACACAGGUAGUAGGACACACACAGGUAGUAGGACACACACAGGUAGUAGGACACACAGGUAGUAGGACACACACAGGUAGUAAGACACACACAGGUAGUAGGACACACACAGGUAGUAGGACACACAGGUAGUAGGACACACACAGGUAGUAGGACACACACAGGUAGUAGGACACACACAGGUAGUAGGACACACAGGUAGUAGGACACACAGGUAGUAGGACACACACAGGUAGUAGGACACACACAGGUAGUAGGACACACACAGGUAGUAAGACACACACAGGUAGUAGGACACACACAGGUAGUAAGACACACACAGGUAGUAGGACCCCCUGCUUCUUUCCCCCACUACUACUUUUCCUAUUUUUCUGUCAUUUUCUCUUUUCUUCAGUCUCCUCAUCUCUCCGUAUAUCUCCACUGUCUAGUCCUCUCUCUUUCUCUCCCUCGUUUUUCUCCUGCCUCUCUUCCCCUCCUUGUUUCCCUCCCUCUUUUUGUUCGAUGGGACAAUGUUUAGAUGCUCUUUCCCCAUAUCUAAUAUCCCCCUUCUCUCCCUCUGUCUUUCAUUCCUUCUCUCCAUAUCUCCCCCUUACACUUCUCCCUCUGUCAGGUGAGAAGCCGUUUAAGUGUCCGUUUGAGGGGUGUGGCCGUUCCUUCACCACCUCUAACAUCAGGAAGGUCCACAUCAGAACACACACGGGAGAGCGCCCCUACAUGUGCCCUGAACCCUCCUGUGGACGAGGCUUUGCCAGUGCCACCAACUACAAGAACCACAUGAGAAUACACACAGGUAAGACACACACACACACUACUAAAAUCAUAUGAAAAUACACACAGGUAAGACACACACACACACUACUAAAAUCAUAUGAGAAUACAAACAGGUAAGAGGUUACAUUACUAGAUACUUAAGCAAUAAUGCCAGAGGAGGUGUGGUGUAUGGCCAAUAUACCACGGCUAAGGACAGUUCUUAAGCACAACGCAAUGCGGAGUGCCUGGACACAGCACUAUUGGCCAUAUAGCACAAACCCCAGAGGUGCCUUAUUGCUAUUAUAAAUGUUUUGUCAUACCCAUGGUAUACGGUCUGAUAUACCACAGCUGUCAGCCAAUCAGCAUUCAGGGCUCAAACCACCCAGUUUAUAAUUGACAUUAAAUAAGUGCUCCACUCUUUCUCUCUCCCCUGCUCCCUCCCUCGCUCUAUAUCUCCCUCUCUGCCCCCUCUCUCCUCUAGGAGAGAAGCCCUACCUGUGUACAGUGCCUGGUUGUGGGAAGCGAUUUACAGAGUACUCCAGCCUGUACAAGCACCAUGUGGUUCACACACACUGCAAACCUUACACCUGCAACCACUGUGGCAAGACCUACAGACAGACCUCCACGCUGGCAAUGCACAAACGCACCACGCAUGGAGACUUUGAGGCCACAGAGGACGGGGAAGGUAUGUAGACACACACACUCAUGUAACAAACACCAGAUGAGGACAGAAUUUACUCUUGAAGGACUGAACAGUAUUAAUUCAUUAAUUGGUUGCAGAAGCGAUGGAUGACCAAUCACAGGCUUCCUUCCUGGAGGGGGCGGUGCAGAAAGAGGAUGGGUCGGAUUCCCAGGUUAUCAUCGGUUCUCAGGUAGUUAAUAAUUUCCUAUCUAGUAAUUAAACUUGUGUGAUCUAGAUAGAAAAGAGCUUAAGCUCUCAGCUGUCCCACCAAAGACUUUGUGGAUGCAGUCAACUCCUGAAACAUUCCAUUCCCAUUCUUUUGAUUGCAGCAUGCUCCGGUUUAGUACAUGCUGUCAAAACAGUCUCAAGCUGUUGCAUUUAUUAGAACUGUAUUAUAAAAAAGGGUUGGUUCUCUGUCCUUCACUUUGACCGGUUCUGUUCUGGCAGGUGGGUUUGUCGACAGAGGACCUACAGGCACUCAGCACGGCCAUCACCAUGGUAACACAGGACGGCACAACCAUUUCCCUGCCGACCCACCAGACGGACAUGACCGCCAUGGGACACCACCACAUCACUAUGGUUACAGGGGAGGGCAAGGAGCUGCAGCCGGUAUGUUGCACACACACACACCUUAGCCCACACGAAGCUAUCUGUGUGAAGCAGUAUUUGCUCUUGCUGUCAGUGUUUGUACUGUAAAGUGGAUCAUCAUGUUAUUGGUGGUUUGUCUUUCCUCUCCAGGUUGCCAUAGUGACAUCGGAGGGUAUUAUGACAGGCGGCUCGCAGGGCUCUGGCCCUCACUACCAGCAGGUGGCGCUGCUGGCCACAGCUAACGGCACCCAGAUUGCUGUUCAGGUCAGUACAGAGUACACACACCGAGAUUAACAACCUGUCAAGUGGCACUCUGAGCAUUACACUGAUUGUUAAUACUGUGUGUGUGUGUGUGUGUGUGUGUGUAGCUGGAGGAGCAGCAGACGUUAGAGGAGGCCAUCAGCAUGGCGACAGCUGCCAUCCAGCAGGGAGGGCUGGUUCAGGAUGAGGAAACAUGAGAGGAGGGCUGCUGAGACACACCUACCCCCAAACAGAGCAUCUUUCCCAGGGUACAACACAGCACCUGCUCCCCUUAGCGCCAACCAGCUCCACCCACUCCUGGAGCCCUGUCUCCUGCCACAAACACAGAGUGAGCGGGACUCCUAUCUCGGAACUCAGAACCAAUCAGAGAGAGAGAAGCCGUUGUCAUGGAGACUGGGUUAAGAAUGUUCAGAUGUGAGCAUGAGCAGAUCAUUCUUUGUUUGUUUGUUUUAGCAUACUCAUCCUGCUGCUUCUGAGAAGCAGCACCCGCACUAAAGCUAGUUCCAGUUUAGAUUUGACCUCUAGUCUUCAUAAUCAUGAUACAAUAA